CCCGUUUUUAGGGAUAUUUGUUUGUCAGUGAGAUUUGGGGAGAAUUUCAUUUGAAUUUUAGGGUUUGGAAAUGUCCAAUGGUUUGUAGCGAUUUUUUGAUUUGAUUGGAAUUAGAAUUGGAUUUGGAAUUGGAUUGAUCUGUUUUCAGGCGGAAUGCAAGGCAUGCACGCCGUCGGCGGCGGCGGCGGCGGGAGGUUUUUCGGUGGCGGAGAUAGGCGGUUGCGGCAGCAUAACCACCACGGAGCGGUGGCAGCGUUGAAGUGUCCUCGGUGCGACUCGUUCAACACGAAGUUCUGCUACUAUAACAACUACAACCUCUCUCAGCCGCGCCAUUUCUGUAAGAGCUGCCGGCGUUACUGGACCAAAGGCGGCGUUCUCCGCAACGUUCCGGUAGGAGGAGGCUGCCGGAAAACUAAGCGCGGCAAGCGUAAAACCGACGCAGAUGCUCCUUCAGGAGACCGUAGCUCGAACGCGCGGAGUUCGAGCAGCGAGAGCUCCAGCCUCACCGCGGCGACGACGACGGCGAUUUCGACGCCGACCUCCGCCUUAGCGGCUGCGGAAUACGGUUCGGCUUUAAAUAACACGCCGUCGAGCUCAGCCGCAGCUUGUACUUUCUCCGAUUCGAGAUUCCUCAACGCAAACGUUAACUACGAUUUUCCGGUGAAUCAGUCGGCGGACCGCCGGAUCUUCGCGACCGAGAUCGGACGCUUCGUGAACCUACAAGCGACGCCGCCGUCCGCCGCUGCGAUGGAGGAGGAUUUCGGCGUAGGCAACAUUCCGACGACGUCGUACGAGCAGGUACAGAGAGAAAAUCAAGCUCCAGGACCGAAUAAUCCUUCACCGGCCAAUGUGACGGCCGCGGCGACGGAAGAGCUAAAGAUGCACGAGAUUACGGCAGAUGUGAGCCACGCCGUCGGACUGACGGCGCUCGAUUGGGGAGGCGGCAGCGGCGGCGGAGGAGCUGGACAAAGAAAUGGAGGAGAUCAGGAUGAGGAGCUGUUUGAUCUAACGGCUGCCGUUGAUCUUGCGUACUGGAGUCAGCCCCAGUGGACGGACGGUGGAGAUCAAUCCCUUAAUUUUCUUUCCCAGUAAAAAUAAAAUAUCCUUUUCAAAAUUUUACGAUUAUAUAUAAGUAUAAAUAUAUUUUUAUAUAUUCAGUUGUAGUUGUGUUUUUAUUAACCAAUGAAAAUUUAUAAUUAUAUAUAUACACAGAUAUUUCUUUCUUA